GUCAUGGAAACAAUCCGCUGUUCGUUUAAUAUAGUUAUAACGCAUGCGCAAGUCCUCCUCGGAAUGGUUUUCGCACCGUGUUGACUUGAGCAAGUUUCUACUGGGAGAGAUCACAGACCAGACUGUAGCGAAUGAAACAGACAACAGUUGACGAGCUGUUGCAAGGUAUGCAUUAUAACCAGCUCAUUACCUUUCUACAAAAGAUUUUUCGUUAGUGAAAUGAACAACUAAAGUAUAUUAAGUUUCCUUCUAAAGAACAUGCUUGAUUAUAUCCCUUAUUAAAAAUGUAAUCAGACCAUAUUAGUUAGAAACGUCACAGCUGUCUAAAAGUUAGUUUCCUUUGAUUCUUCGAUACGAAGUUUAAAAAAAGAGAGGAACAUUUUUUAAUUCUUUAUUCUUUCCGGCCUUCAUGGAUGGGCACGUGCCAUAUCUCAAAUGAAACUUCAAAAUACGGUUCGUUCCUUGAGCUGUGAUGAAUCCAUCUUCUCACAGUACCCUGAAACAGACUCUGAUGUAACAAGGCUUAGCUGAGUAUCCUCAGCAAUGAGCUUUGGCGGCAGUACAGCAGCGGGCACGGACAUGGUGCCCACGCUCGAUCCAGACGAAGAAUGCCUGAAGGAAAGAAAAUGGUGGUGUUUUCUCUUGUCAAGUAUCUUUACUUUUCUCUCAGGGCUGAUAAUUAUUUUACUAUGGCGAGCAUUUGCCUUUCUUUGCUGUCGCAAAGAAAAGUCCUCUGCCUCUUACAGUCAGAGUGUGGUGAAACAACAGCAGCAGCCGAAGAGAGACCCCCACCAUCAAGGAGACAAAGACAACCAACUCAACGAGAUUGGUUUUAUGACAGAAGCAAAGGACUGGGCAGGAGAACUAAUAUCUGGGCAAAGUACGACCGGAAGGAUUCUGGUGGUGCUGGUGUUUUGUCUCAGUAUAUCCUCUUUAGUUAUAUAUUUCAUUGACGCUUCAAGCACGGGGGAUCCUGCUAAUGGUGAGGGAGUAGAGAAAUGCCAGCAGUGGUCAGCCAACACAACCCAACAGAUAGACUUAGCGCUAAAUAUAUUUUUUAUGGUCUACUUUUUUAUACGAUUUAUAGCCGCGAGUGACAAAUUGUGGUUUAUGCUUGAGCUGUACUCUUUUGUCGACUACUUCACCAUUCCGCCGUCCUUUGUCUCCAUUUAUCUCGACCGAACGUGGAUAGGUCUACGGUUUUUGAGAGCCCUCCGAUUGAUCUCGGUGCCCGAUAUUUUACAGUAUUUGAACGUGCUCAAGACCAGCAGCUCUAUUCGAUUAGCUCAGUUGGUUUCCAUAGUGAUCAGUGUAUGGCUUACAGCAGCUGGGAUCAUUCAUUUGUUGGAAAAUUCUGGAGACCCUUUGGAGUUCGACAACCCGCAUAAUCUUUCUUACUGGGAAUGUGUUUACUUUCUAAUAGUGACCAUGUCUACAGUGGGAUAUGGGGAUAUUUUCUGCAAGACUACCCUAGGCAGAGCAUUUAUUGUAUUAUUUAUUUUAGUGGGUUUGGCCGUCUUUGCCAGUUGCAUUCCUGAGAUCCUAGAGUUAGUAGGAACUAGACCCAAAUAUGGUGGCGAGUACAGACGGGAGCAUGGUAAAAGACACAUAGUGGUCUGUGGACACAUAACAUUUGAAUCGGUGUCUCACUUUCUGACCGACUUUCUGCAUGAAGAUAGAGAAGACGUAGAUGUGGAAGUUGUUUUCUUACAUAGGAAACCCCCUGAUCUUGAGCUGGAGGGUUUGAUUAAGCGUCACUUCACUACAGUGGAAUUUUUCCAAGGAAGUGUAAUGAGCCCCAUAGACUUACAGCGUGUGAAGGUCCACGAAGCUGAUGCGUGUCUGGUGUUGGCGAACAAGUACUGCCUGGACCCUGAUGCUGAAGAUGCGGCAAACAUCAUGCGUGUCAUCUCAAUCAAAAAUUAUUCCGAUGAUAUUCGAGUCAUCAUUCAAUUGAUGCAGUAUCACAACAAGGCUUAUCUAUUGAACAUUCCAAGCUGGAACUGGAGGCGUGGCGACGAUGUCAUCUGUGUUUCAGAACUAAAAUUAGGGUUUAUUGCUCAGAGUUGUUUAGCACCAGGAUUCUCCACCAUGAUGUCUAACCUAUUUGCUAUGCGAUCUUAUAAGACGUCCCCAGACACAGCAUCAUGGCAAAACGACUACAUGUGUGGAACUGGUAUGGAGAUGUACACAGAAAACCUGUCGGCUUCCUUCACAGGCAUGACGUUUACACAAGCCGCAGAGCUUUGCUUCGUGAAAUUAAAGCUCCUCUUACUUGCAAUAGAGGUCGCUAGUGAGGACGGAUCCGAUUGCAAGAUUACUAUUAAUCCUAAAAAGAAAGUAAAAAUUCAACAUAGCACUCAAGGUUUUUUUAUAGCACAGUCUGCAGAUGAAGUGAAACGGGCGUGGUAUUAUUGUAAAAACUGCCAUGAUGACGUCAAAGACGAAAAACUUAUCAAAAAGUGCAAGUGUAAAAGCUAUGAUACGCACCAAACUUUCACCUUUCCAACUUUUACUCCACCUGAAAUACCCAAGAGGGUGAAACUCCGAGCCGAGGUGUCAAAGGAUCAAGGAUCUAUUACCCAGCUUCAUUCUCAAGCUAGCCUCAGUAGACACAGCGCCCUCGCUCGGCAAAGACACGCAAAAUCUAAUUCUGCUCAUUCACAGAAUAACACGACGACAGCAUCCACAUCUCCAAAUCGUGGUGGUCGCUUAAUGACCGUGACAUAUGCAAGUCCCGUAUCUGGCACCCAGCAGCCUUCUAGGACGGCCGCGCCCGACUUGUACUCUGGCUUACACCUUGCCUAUGAAGUAAAAAAGCUCAUGCCAACAAGCCGAGGUUCUGGAGGAAACGGUACAAAUAACUCUUCAAACACAGACCGAACGUUCUCGGUAGGUCUUGCUGAUGACCAAUCCAAGGACUUCGACAUGGAGAAGACUGACAUGAAAUAUGACUCUACUGGAAUGUUCCAUUGGUGUACUGCUCGUCCUAUAGAAGAUUGCAUAUUGGAUCGUAACCAAGCUGCCAUGACAGUUCUCAAUGGUCAUGUGAUCGUCUGUCUGUUCGCUGAUUCUGAAUCUCCUCUUAUUGGCCUGAGGAACCUCGUAAUGCCUUUACGCGCAAGUAACUUUCACUAUCACGAGUUGAAGCAUGUGGUCAUUGUGGGAAGCGUCGAAUAUCUUCGUCGAGAAUGGAAAAUGUUACAGAAUCUCCCAAAAAUUUCAGUUUUAAACGUAGGUUGUUGUUUUGUAUUUUUUGUCUCACUACUCAACCAUUCUUGCUACUUUCUUGUCUGUUACAACGCUAUUGCGUAA